CGCCCGUCCCUCAGUAUUCUGCCUCAUCACCCCCGCCGGUACACCGUGCCCUGCCACCACCACUUCUCUCUCCUCCUCCCUGGUGCUGGAAAAUGGCGGACUCGGUCUGUGUCAACAUCCAGAUGCUGCUGGAGGCGGCGGAGUAUCUGGAGCGGAGGGAGAGAGAAGCCGAGCAUGGUUAUGCUUCCAUGUUGCCUUACAAUAGCAAAGAGAGGGACAGCUUGAAGAGGAAAAGCAAGUCGAAAAAAAGCAGCAGUAGCAGAUCAACCCAUAAUGAAAUGGAGAAAAACAGGCGAGCUAAUUUACGGCUAUGUCUGGAAAAGCUGAAAGUAUUGGUACCCUUAGGUCCUGAUUCAAAUAGGCAUACCACAUUAAGUCUCUUAACAAGAGCAAAGUUGCACAUAAAGAAACUUGAAGAUUGUGACCGAAAGUCACAACACCAAAUAGACCAGCUACAGCGGGAUCAGCGACAUCUAAAAAGGCAGCUAGAAAAGUUUGGCGUUGAGAGGAUACGAACGGAUAGUAUAGGAUCCGCAGUAUCUUCUGAGAGAUCCGAUUCGGAUCGAGAGGAGAUUGAUGUGGAUGUGGAUGUAGAAAGCACAGACUAUUUAACAGCAGAACUGGACUGGAGUAGUAGCAGCAGCAGUGCCAGUGACUUGGACGAGCGGGGAAGCAUGCAAAGCAUUUGCAGCGAUGAAGGGUAUUCCAGCUCUGGAGUUAAAAGAAUAGCACUCCAAGACAAGCCAAAACACAGUGUUACCCUAUAAACCAACAGCAACAGGUGAGGGCAAAGUGGGGGGAUGUUCAAGUGUCCCAGCAGUUCUCGCCCCCUCUUUCCCAGUACUCCCACAUGAGAGACUCGUCUUAUCUAGUGACUGCAUUCACACCAUAAUCUUGCACGUGAAAUACCCCACUCCCAGCUCUCUGUUCCUCGCUUCUUUUUUUCCCCCCCCCAGAGCUCCUGAGAGGCACGUGGGUGUCCGUUUACAUUUUGAAAUCACACGAUAUCCCAUCAGCCAGUUGUAACUCCAGGAGACUACAUUCCAGACCUACGUGGAAGCACUCGAAAAUUCAAAUGAUCUAUGUAGUUUAUGUAUAUGGGGAGCAACAUUUCUGCAAUGGUAAAGAUUGUUGACUGUGAACGCCGAGGUGAGUGUGUGCUGCUCACUUCCAUGAAUGUGUCAUCUCCACCCACUAGACAGCACACAGGUCUCGCUAUCUCCCUGCAACGCCAAGACGUUCUUUCAUCACCUGGAAGGCACAUCUGGGAGCGGUAUGAAGGAUUUAUGGUUGAAAGCAUCUUGCUACACGGCAAGGCUUCAGUUUACAGCUACUAUACUAUUCAAUCAGAAGCUGCCAGGAAGCUAGAGAGGACUUUCCACCUCUGUUGAGUGACUCUGGCUCAAAACAGUAAGAUUGCUGCUAAUAUAUCUAUAUUUUGUUUUCGUAAAGUUGUGCACCAAAUGUUGCACUGAACCCAGCACAGUCUAAAAAGCAAAGCUAGACCUUUCUGGCUACUUUUUUUCGGAAAUCGCUAAAGCCACUUUUUUUUUUUUCUUUUUCCUUUCUGUGCUUGACUUUUCAUAAUUGAGUCUUAUUUACUGUUCUUCUAUGGGGCAUUGUGUUCCAUGUUUUCUAGUAGUACAUAAUUAACAUUAAUUUAAUUCAGCAUGUACAGAAUGGCUGGCAUGUUAUUUUUAGACCGGGCCUAGGAAUCCUGUGGCUGUCUCUAGCCACCUAGACAAAUGUAUUGGGGUUAGUGAGCAGUGGGUGACUGCAGACUGCCACAGUAUGCCUAUGUGUAUUCUAGGGAGUUGAGCCUUUAAUUGAAAG